AUGCGCGAGUUCGAAUCUCGUCGGUGUCAAUAUUUUUUACUUGAAUUUUCUAUUCAAGAAAACUCUAAAUUUUUUUAUUUAAAGUAUACAAACCAUUGGAAGUACAUUUCUUCAUUAGCAAUAUCUGAUUGUAGUUUUACUUUCUUUGAUUACCACCCAGGUUCUGAUGAAGCAGUUGUUGAUUUAGUUCAUCCAUCUUUGCUUGUUGUUCAGCAUAAUGUAACUCCUAUAGUGAUGAAUGGAACACUAGAAGUUGCCAAGUUCUUCAAAAUCACGAAAUAUAUUUUUGAUAAUAGAUUCUGCUACGAUUCAAAAAGAUUCCAGUGGUUACCAACAUUGUUGACAAAAAACUCCUCAGGACAUUUUGAAUUUGAAUCUUAUAUCAAUAAUCUGCACCCAGUUAAGCAUAAUGACUUGUAUGAUUCAAUUGGUACGAUUUUUAACGCGGUUAUACCUGGAUUGAAUUACAUUUUGACAAGAUACGCGUCGAAGGAAUACGUACGAAUUCCUAUUCCACAUUUUGAAGGGAUUUAUACUGAAGAAUUUCAUCAACAACGUGAAGCAUUGAGCCUCGAAUUAGAACGUGAAGCUGAAGAAACAGGUGUUGAAUAUGAUUGGAAGAGAAUGGAAGAAUUUGAGAAAACUAGAGUUCAAUUUUUACGUGAAUUUAUUCCAGAAUGGGAAGGUGAUCCUGAAUUUGAUAAACAAAUUGAUCUUUCUACUUUUGAUAAUCUAAAGGUUAUCGUAAAGUUAGCUGACAUUGAAUUAACUCCAGAGCGUCCUGCAUAUCCUGGUGGGUCUUGGCAUAUUGAAGGAACUGAAAAUGAAGAUAUUGUUGCUACUGUUUUGUAUUAUUAUGAUAUUGAAAACAUUUCUGAUUCUAGACUUUCUUUUAGAACUUUGUUUAACGACCCUGUAUAUGAACAAUAUGACAAUAUUUACACUGAAGUUCUUUUUGGACUUCAUGAUAAUGAUCCUAUGGUUAAAUAUCUUGGAAAUAUUGAAGCUAAAGAAGCUAAAGAAGAUAUAGUUGUUAUUUUCCCAAACAUUUUGCAACACCAUGUCGAUCCAUUUGAGUUAACGGAUAAAACUAAACCUGGUCAUAGAAGGAUAUUGUGCUUUUUCAUAGUGAAUCCAUAUAAUGAUAGGGUCCUUACAACUAAACAAGUCCCACCACAAAAUAAAGAAUGGUGGGAUGACACUAGUUUGGAUUAUUUAUUUCCAAAUAAUUUGAAAGAAAAAAUUUUAGACUUGAAGAAUGGGGAAACAUGGCCAAUGAAUUUUGCUCAAGCUGAAGAUGUUAGAAAAGUUUUGAUGAAAGAAAGAUCAAUGUAUGAAAUGCCUGAGGAUGAUGUUGGUAUCACUUUUUCGAUAUGUGAGCACUAG